CGCCGCUGUGUCCGACCGAGCCAGAGUUGAGCUGGAGACGCUGCGCCGAACAGGUUUCAGAUGUUGUCCUUUCUUCUGAGCCACAAGCAUCAUUUCAUCUAGCCAGGUGCAACUCGGACGUGGUCUCUCUUGGCUUAUAGUACUCUUCUGACAAUCUUAACAGCCUCGUGAGAUCCGGCUUCCCUCGUCAUCCAAAGUCCGGCACCACCCGAAGAGAAGUCGAGACUCCGUCCCGUUGCCCAGCCGCUCCAGCUGCUGACGAGCACCAGCAUGGCCGACAAUCGACAGCCAGAAGACAGCGCCCCCCAGUGGGACCCGUCAGGGGGGCGGGAGCCCGGCGGCACCCACGGAGCCAAUGGCUACUCCUCCUCCGUCUACAGGGCCGCCGCUUCCUACGGCGCCAGGGAGAAUGGCUUUAAUGGGGAACUAACUGGAGCUCAAGCUAUAACUGCAGAGCAAGUGUCUGCAAGGAUUGUGCAGGAAGUGACAGCAGAGGCGGUGGCAGUACUGAAGGGAGAGCAGGAGACACAACGGCUGCCAUCAGUUGAAGAUACCACCAAUUUGCCUCCCUCCCCUCCACCCUCACCUGCAGCUGAGCACUUUGGUCCUCUGGAGAGAGAUGUAGGGGAUGAGGAAGAGGCGGGGCCUCUCCGCCGCUUCCAAAAUUCUCGGGAGAGGUGCAAGUUCCUCGCCCCCUCCAUCUCAGUUUCCGUGCCCGAGGACGACCCCUACCACUCCGACGAGGAGUACUAUGAGCACCCAUUGUUCAGCCCAGAGUGGACGCACUCGGGCGCUCGCCCCAUGGGGCACGCCGUGGCCUUUAGACAGAUUGAAGCUUUGAAGAUGGAUUCGGACAAGGGGGACAGUGGGUCCAUGAGCCCUGACAGCAUUGGAUCGGAGAAACGCCCUGAGGAGUUUUUUGAGCCCCAGAUGCAAGGGUUCUUUGCUGGUGAACGACUUGUACCGGAGAGCCCUACCAUGGAUAUGCCAUCCUUUGCGCAUCCAGAUGUUCAAAACCAAGGAAAAGAAUCAACCAAAUCACUCACACUAAAGCCCACAUACGGCGAGCCGAUCACGGUGUCUGAAAAACAGCCGUCGGUGGAGGUGGUGGAGUUCAGCAGUAUCACUGCUCCUUCAGAUUUCUCUGCUAUGGGAGUUAAAGUCCAAGGAGGAGACUCGGCAAGAGAUGGCCAAGACAGGUCGGGCAUGUCAGCAUAUUUUGAAACAUCAGCCAUGGAAGUUGAGGAAGGACACCCUUGCAAGGGUGAGGGUUAUUACGAACUGAGUCGCGCUGGUGAGAAGAAGACCACAGGUGACUCCAGGUCUCAGGAGAUCAGCUACAGCACACUCACUGAAGUCCAAGAUAAACCUGAAACUCAAAAAGGUACCACUGAAGACACUGGAAUGUUUAAAGCCCCAGAAAAGAGUAAUGAAUGCAGGCUUUCUCCUGGUAAGCUUGCCUUGGAGCAGAGGAGUUACUCCCUCAACAUCACCAUUGGAGCACUGGAUCAGAGUGGGCAAAGCAGAUCUAAGAACUUCUCCCCUCUGGCCACAGAUAUCAUGUCCUAUACCAGUGGAAGUCUGGACGAGGCAGCUGAUUACCUCCCGGUUUCCACACCCUCUGUAGAUAAGCCUCCAUCAUUCCCUCCUCUCAUCUUAGAGACCGCAGCCUCCGUCACCUCAGAUUCCUCAUCACCUCCACGGACGGCUGAACCACUUUCAAAGAUCAGCUCUGAACCAGCAUCUCCAGAAUCACCGCAGCCUCCUAAGACCGCCUACAAAAAUGGCACAGUGAUGGCACAGGACUUGCCAGAGAUGCUGGAUCUAGCUGGUACCCGCUCCAGAUUGGCUUCAGAAAACACAGAGCCAGAAAUAGGCCAGAGGAAGUCCAGUCAGCCUGACGUUCCUGCCUUCAUGGAUGAUGAGCUGACAAGCCCAGCUUCUGGGGAACAAAGCCCUGGGGCUAGAAAGAGUGAAAGCCAACUGGAAGAGAUGGGCUAUUGUGUGUUCAGUGAAUAUUCAGGGCCCAUGCCAUCUCCUGCAGAUGUUUUCAGCCCUACAGAUACCUCUGCACAAAGCUUCACCCCCUCUGUCCUCGAGGAGAAAGUGGCUGAGCAGGCAAGAAAACUAGCAGUAAGAGAUACAUCUAUGGAGGACAAAAAUGAGUCAUCUGGAGUUGCUGAUGUUGAUGAGAGAGUACACCUAGGGCAAGGGGAGAGAAAUGACAGUAUUGAACAGGAAAGCAAAGAUGUUAUGAAGGAUCCAUCAAGAAAAUCUGCAAGCGAAACCCAGCCUGCCCAACUAAGUGAGUCCUUUGUGACCCCGACCGUCACUGUGACUCUAGAAGAAUGUGAGAGGACUGCGAGCCUCACCGAACGCCAAGGUAGCGGAGAGGGUUCUGCAUCAGAAACCGAGAUCGCGGACUACGAGAGGCAGAUUCGCAAAUUGGAGAUGGAGGACAGGCCUCUCAGUAUAGAGGAGGAACGAGAACUGCGGGAGCUUAGGGAGAAGGUGAAACUGGUUCACCAGGAAGCCUACGAGGAGGUGGAUGCUGAGGACGUGUACCAGCUGACCGGCGUGGCCAAAGACCGGAUCGCUCGGCCCGUCAAAACGUCGCCUGCUUCAUCCGUUGAUAGCAACAUCGAUGACGACAAGCUGCUCUCCCCGGUACUCUCACCCUCCAAAUACAGACAAAAAGAAGCAUAUGGAUCCCCGAAAAGAGCACCGUCACCUGUGUUAGCGGUCAGCAAAGAUGAGAGGGACGAGGCAGAGAAGAGAGGAAGGGAAGAGCAAGAGAAGGAGAGAAUAAAGAAGGAGGCGGAAGAAGAGGCAGAAAAAAAUAAAGAAAAGGAAAUAAAAGAUAGGGAGGAGAAGGAAAGACAAGAAAAAGAAAAGAAAGACAAAGAAGAGGCGGAUAGGGUAUUAAAGGGAGAGGAAGAAAAGAAGGUGAAAGAACUGGAGACGAAAGAGAGAUUAGAGAAAGAGAAAGCAGAGAAGGAGUUGAAUGAAAAGGAGGAGAAAGAGAAGAAAGAGAAAGCAGAGAAGGAGUUGAAAGAAAAGGAGGAGAAAGAGGCAAGGGAGUUGAAAGAAAAGGAGGAGAAAGAGAAGAAAGAGAGAGAGGAGAAGGAGCUGAAAGAAAAGGAGGAAAAAGAGAAGAAAGAGAAAGCAGAGAAGGAGCUGAAAGAAAAGGAGGAGAAAGAGACAGAGGCAAGGGAGCUGAAAGAAAAGGAGGAGAGGGAGAAGAAAGAGAGAGAGGAGAAGGAACUGAAAGAAAAGGAGGAGAAAGAGAAGAAAGAGAGAGAGGAGAAGGAGCUGAAAGAAAAAGAGGAGAGAGAAAAGAAAGAGAAAGAGGCAAGGGAGCUGAAAGAAAAGGAUGAGAGAGAAAAGAAAGAGAGAGAAGAAAGGGAGCUGAAAGAAAAGGAGGAAACAGAGAAGAAAGAGAAAGAGGAAAAGGAGCUAAAAGAAAAGGAAGAGAAAGAGAAGAAAGAGAGAGAGGCAAGGGAACUCAAAGAAAAGGAGAGAGAAAAGAAAGAAAAAGAGGAGAAGGAGCUAAAAGAAAAGGAGGAGAAAGAGAGGAAAGAGAAAGAGGAGAAGGAGCUGAAAGAAAAACAGGUGAGAGAGGAGAAGGAGCUAAAAGAAAAAGAGGAGAAAGAGAGAAAGGAGCAAGAGGAGAAGGAGAAGAAGGAAAAGGCAGAGAGGGAAAAGAUGGAGCAAGAAGAGAGAGAACGGAAAGAAAAAGCAGAACAGGAAAGAAUAGAACAAGAGUUGAGAGAGAAGGCAGAAAAGGAAAAACUGGAGAAGGAAGCGACAGAAAAGGAAGUGCAGGAGAAAAAAGAGCAAGAGAAAGUGGCUGAGGUGGAAAAUAAGGUCGCAGACCAGCCAGAGGAAGUGGAGUCAAGACAGCAUGAAGACGGCGCUGCCAUAAGUCCUGCGGCGGCAGGAGCUGCGUCCGUGAAAGAGAAAGAGAAGAGCGAGGAGGACGUGCUGCUGCAGGCCGGCGCAGCAGAGACCUGCACCGCCAUCGAGUCAGUGGUGGUGGUGGAAGACGACUUCAUCACCGUGGUCCAGACCAUCGAUGAGGCCGAAACUCCGGGCCACAGCAUCCGCUUCUCGGCCCCACCGGAGGACAAACCCCUCUGUGUUGCUCCCCUCAAAGGAGGAGAAGACGAAGAGGAAGAUGAGGAGGAGGAGGAGUCGGUGGAGUUGGCCCAGGAGGCAGACAUGGAGGCUGCCAGUCUAGAGGAGAUUGUUGAUGUUCCCGAAGCCUCCGCUUCCCCAGAAAGGCAGGCUCAGACCGAAGAAACCGAAGAACCAACGGAAAGCUUUGACAGAGAUGAAACCACGGUGGACGACUCCAUCCUGGACAGCUCCUGGGUCGACACACAAGAUGAAGAUAAAAGUAUGGCAACCGAGCAGAUCGAGCCCUUGCCCCUGGUGCCUGGUACCAUCCAAAACUCUAACGUGGUCCAGAAAAAGCCGACUCAACAACGGAAGACGGAGAAACAGGAAAAGCCCGUUAAACCCAAGACCAAAGGAGGACGACCCAAGGGACGGAUCUCCACACCCGAACGUAAACCUGCCCGUAAAGAACCCAUCUGCAUCCCCAGAGAGGAGGUCAAGAAGAAAAAAGCUCUCAUAAAGAAAACUGAACUCACAAAAAAAGCGGGGACUCCGACUCUGUCCCCAUCCAAGAGGAGUGCGAUGAAGCCGGGAGUCCGCCAGGCCCGACCCAUCCAGCACCACUCCUGCCCCCGGAGGAGACCCACAGAGGCCCUACCAGACAGCCGCCAGCCUCUCAGCGUUGCCAGGCAAUCGCGUGACAGAGCAUCGUGCCAUGCACGUCGCCCUCCACUCACAAAGAUUCCCACCUCCAUAUCCAGAGCAGCUACCAGAUUAGAUAGACCUCAGCUUUCCCCAGCAGAGCCUCGAGGCUCCGCAGAGUUACAGAGACACGUGGCCAAGGAUGGGAGGUCACGGAGUCCAGAGAAGACAUCCUCUCUGCCGCGCCAUCCCUCCAUUCUGAGUCGCCGUGGAUACCACGAGCACGAGGAGAGCUCUACCUCCAUCACCAGCUCCGGCUCCACGGCUCCCCGCAGACCCACAUCAUUUCACACUGAGAUGAGGGCAGAGCACAGAAUAGGACGAGCUCCCAGUAUGACAGCUACAGAAUCGAUGCGCUCCCGCUCGGCUCGCAGCGGCCACUCCACUCCCCGCACCCCCGGCUCCACCGCCAUCACCCCGGGAACCCCUCCCAGCUACUCGUCGUCCUCCAGGACCCCGGGGACUCCGCGCUCCCUUAGUUUGAUCUCUCAGGAGAGGAAGGUGGCCGUGCUCCGCACCCCACCCAAAUCCCCUGCAACCACACCGAAGCAGCUCCGCAUCAUCAACCAGCCGCUCCCCGACUUCAAGAACAUCAAGUCCAAGAUCGGCUCCACGGAGAAUAUCAAGUAUCAGCCUAAAGGAGGACAGAAAAACAAGGACCAAAAUAAACCAGCAGAGGCCAAACGCAGAGGCUCAUUGAUCUGGAAGAAGGUGCUGCGCCUCAUCUCCGUUACUGUUUGUCUGUUGGGGGUUCACAGUGUGACCUGCACCCACGACCUGCUGACUCAUAUUUUGAACAAGGAACUGGACUUCCCAAAAUGCGGCUCCAAGGAUAAGCUGAAGCACUCCCCCCGCCGCUCCAGCGUACUCCGGCUUCCUCGCACUGUCCAAAAGCAUGUAUAUCAGGUUCUCAUCCCCAGUGUUAAGCUGGACUAUAGCCAUGUUCAGUCUAGGUGUGGGUCCUUGGACAGGCGGGGCUACUCAGCAAGAGGUGGAAACGUGCAAAUACAGAACAAGAAAAUAGAUUUGAGCCAUGUGACCUCCAAGUGUGGCUCUCUAGACAACAUCCAUCAUCGGCCAGGUGGUGGUAACGUUCGUAUAGAGAGCGUGAAGUUGGAUUUUAAAGAUAAGGCCCAAGCGAAAGUGGGUUCCCUGGAUAAUGCUCAUCACAUUCCUGGUGGAGGUCGCAUCGCGAUUGAGAGCCACAAGCUAUCAUUUCGUGACCAUGCAAAGGCCCGGGUUGACCACGGGGCUGAGAUUGUCACCCAGUCACCCGGUUUGUCGGGCUCAGUGUCACCUCAACGUGUCCGGGAAAGCCACGUGUCAUCCUCUGGCAGUCUCAACAUCAUGGAAUCACCACAGUUAGCCACCUUGGCAGAGGAUGUCACUUUAGCUCUGGCCAAGCAGGGUUUGUGAACAAUGGAUCUCUGGAUUGACAUUCCCACCCUCCCCCAACAGACAUCCUCAUCCUCACCCUUUUGAGCUUCUCUGCCCUCUUCUGUCACCUUGACGCAGAGUGGUCCCCACUCCUUCUGCAAUACUCCACAGCCUCUAAACAAAUGUAUUUCAAGAUCUAUCUCUAAACUCCUGGUAGAGACUCAAGUUAGGAUCUACAGCAAUUCAGUCCUUUGUCAACUAUUUCCUCUCUACUUUAAUCUCCAAACAUGUGCUUUUUUCUGAUACAUCUUGUGGAUCUCCUUUUUUGGAUGAAGUUGCAUAGAGUAGAUUGACAACUGAUAUAUCCAGUAAAGGAUGCAGACCAAACAUCAGCUUUAAUGAUUUUGGAUCAGUGUUUUAAAGAAGCUUCAGCCUUUUUUUCUACUAUGAAUAACAAAUAUUUUGACCCAUACCAUGCAGCGCGUAUUAUUCUUGCUAAGUAAAAGUGCAUGGAUGCCAGAUCCCCUAACAAAACAAGCAUCCAUACAUACGAGUCAUAAUUGUCACCUGAUAUAUGAUAUAUUUAACUAAUAUAUAUAGAAUAUGUGUAUAAUACAAGUUAUUUGCCAUCUCAAUGUCCUUAAACACAUUUUAAAAGGAAGUGACAAUAUGGCUAUAAAAUAUAAUAGUAAAACUGCAUUUAUGAAACCACUAGGUCAUGUUAUGACAAGCAUGUAUGAAUUCAGAUACUGAAAAUGCUAUUUUGUAUUUUAAAACCAGGAUUUUAGUAAGUUAUUUCCUCAUUUAUUGGAUAAAGGUUAAAAAAGGUUCAUGUUUUGUAGUCAAUAGUUGUUUACCGUGUAAUGGCUUGGUAAUAAUGUCAGAGAGCUGGUUUAGUGUUGCUGUGGAAUAUAUUUCAGUCCUGCCGAAGAUCAUCAAUUCACUUGUAUCUGCUCAGCAGUUAACUAUAAUGCCUGUUUGUGCAUCACAAGAAUGUAAAACAGUGGAAGUCAUUCCACAAAUGAUCCAUCUUUAAAGAAAAGGUGUCCAGUCUCUGCAGCUGCAAAUAAAAAAGCUCAUACUAAUGAACAGCACAGAUGUUUCUCCACUAAAACGGGAUGACAGUACACUGACCAGGACUGACUAUUGUUUGUUGUCUGAGCCACAGGGGAGGAUGCUUUAGUAAAAGAUGCCUCUACUUGAAAUCUAAAGUGUGUGUGUGUGUGUGUGUGUGUGUUUGUUUUUGUUUUUGUUACCUCGUUGGGACCUCUUUGGUUGUAAAGACCGACCUUGUUGGGACAAGUAGUCACUGUGGGGACUGAAGCCUGGCACUAAUAAGGCAGAAUGUCAUUUCUGGGGUCCUGGUUAAGGUGCCAACUAAGAUGUGAAUUAAGAUUAUGUUACAGUUAGAUUUAAGAGUCGACUGGUUUUAGUUAAGUGUAGAGUUAACAUUUGGGUUAGACUGUAUGAAAUGAAAAGAGGCCAAUGCAGUUUCCUAAUAGGGAUAACUGCAUGAAACUCUCUGUGUGUGUGUGUGUGUGUGUGUGUGUGUGUGUGUGUGUGUGUGUGUGUGUGUGUGUGUGUGUGUGUGUGUGUGUGUGUGUGUGUGUGUGUGUGUGUGGGUGUGGGUGUGUAUGUACUUGUAUGGAUUCAGCGUAGACCCUGUGCCAUUUCACAGAGGACACUACCAUAUGUGGAUGUGUUUUUGCACUGUGUUGGAUGAAGAAAUCGGAGGAGAAAAAUACAUUGAAAAAUACUAGAAUAUUAAAAAUUUAAAAAAAAAAUUAAAAAAGACACAAAAAAGAAAAGACAACUGACUAAAUUCCUGCAGUCAGACCUUCUGUUUUAUCUGUUAGGAUGACGUAUUUGGAUGACCUAGUUUCUUUUGCACCCACUGUUUUGUGGAAAGACCUGCCUCCUGCCUAAUUGCUGCCCUCAUCUGCAACUGUUUGUUUGCUUCGGUGUUUUUUCUGCAUCCUGCACCCCAUCUCCGUGUGACCUUCCCCCACCUCCUGCUUUACCCUGCAGCAACUGUAAAUGUAUUUAAAAGGUCAAGUAGAUGUAUGCGAUUUUUCUCUUGUUGAUAUGACAUCAAUUACAACAAUUAAUGACAAUAAAAACUCCAGAAA